UCUACCAAUAACUUUUCUCUAACUAUUUUAUCAUAGUUUUUUCAUCCUCUUUACCGCCAAAUCAAACGCUGUUCUUAAAAUUUUCUCUCAACAAACGCUGUAUGAAUUAUUUUCGGACUAACAAAGACACUUCUUUGUGCCGCUCCCGCUUGUUAGCAGACGCCCUCACCGCCAUCGUACAUAUAUACAAAUUGUAUUUAUACAGCCGCAUUUGAACCAAACAACGUGAAGCAACGUGUCAGAAAUGCAACAAACUUACUUUUCGAAGAAAGUAACACUUCUAGCUGAUCAACACUAAGCCAUCUCUGUACAUGUGGAGCUACGCAAGCAAGCAAUCAGGUAGAACAUUCCUUUAAACCGACUCUUACUAGGCCACUGGUUUACGAUGCCGAUACGCGGCCGCGGGUUCGUCGCUUGUUUUGUAACCUUGAGAUACUACUGACGGUACCAAAAACGUUAGUUACAAACGCUAACCGGGACAAAACAAAAAACAUAAACCGAGGCGAGGUACAACCUCGCAGUGGAAAGUCUAAACAUGGUUGGUGCGAUGAUAAAUUUCCGUGAAAACAACGGAUACAAACCAACCGUGCUGCUGGUUUGGGUACCGUACCUGCUCACUUAGUCUACAGACCUACAAGCGACCACAAUGCAGUUACAGCGACGAUUUUGUCUUUUACUUGUUGGGGCGGCCUGUCUAGUGUUGCUGGUGUCACUGCACGUGGAUGUGGUUCAAACGGCAUCGAUUUAUGCGCCGGAUUUCAACGACAGCAGUGCCCACUUCCUCGAUCAACAGCGAUCCUGUCGCGAUCUGUGCAGCUUCUGCCCAACGUGCAAUGGGUUCUACUGUGGGGAGGAGUGCAUCUGCGAGUGCAGUCAGGAUCCGACAGAGCACGCUAAGUGUAUCGACAAAAUCAAGGCCAACAGUGAACAGCUUGGCCUGGAGUACGAUCUGUUCAUCCAGCCGCCACAGAAACGAUCCACCCGUACCCGAUUCGGGCGGCGGGUUAAAACCACACCGGCCGAAACGAACGACAGUGCAAAGCUGUCCGGUUUUCACAAGAUUCUGUUCUCAAACUUCGCAACGGCUAAGAAGGUCACCGUGCCGGAACAGCCACAACAGGAGGCCAUCGGUAGUACGGUGAUGGAAGUGGCAUCGAGCGAUACGGCCGUCCAGGAGGAUCGGUUCAGCAAAGAUCCGCUGGAAAAGUCCGAAGUUGUGGAGCUUUUGUUCAACUGAUUUGGCUAGCGUAAUCGAAAUGAAAACCGAACUAGUGUUAUGAUUAAUUCUUACUAUUAAGGAAUAAAGUUUUACAUUGAAAAGAUCAAUUUGAUGUUCAAAA